AUGCAUGAAGACCUGGCUAAAGUGGACACGGAGGACAUUGGCCAUCCAAGUCCUCUUCUGCGCGCUCAUCUUGGAGACAAUGUGAUUCUGCAAUGCUUCUAUCCGGACAGAAAUUCUUAUAUCUCAUGGUACAAGCUAACAGUAGGACAGAAGCCUCAACUUGUAUCAACAAUUUACAAAUAUGAUGGUGGUGCAAAAUUUCACAGUGAGUUUAAAGAUAACCGUCGGUUCACAGUGCAAAGUGGAAAUGGAUUUUAUCAUCUACAUAUCUCCAACACUCAGCCAUAUGACUCCGCUACAUAUGUCUGUGGGGGAAUGAAUGUUAAUGUGAUGGAAUUCAAAAACGGGAUACUUCUCAUUCUGAAAGGAUCAAGUAAAACUGUUGUACAGCAACCUGUGUCUGAGUCAGUCCAGCCUGGAGACUCUGUGACUCUGAACUGUACAAUACACACUGAGACCUGUGCAGGAGAACACAGUGUCUAUUGGUUCAGACAUGGCUCAGGAGAAUCCCAUCCAGGAAUCAUUUACACCCAUGGAGACAGGAGUGAUCAGUGUGAGAAGAGCUCUGAGGCUGGGUCUCCUACACAGAGCUGUGUCUACAACCUCCCCAAGAGGAACCUCAGCCUCUCUGAUGCUGGGACUUACUACUGUGCUGUGGCCUUAUGUGGAGAAAUACUAUUUGGGAAUGGGACCAAGCUGGACAUUGACCAUGGUUGUAAGGAGGACCAGGUUCUCUUGGUGAACUGUCUGGGUGUAGCGUUGGGUCUGUGUGUCAUCAUCAUCAUUGUCCUGGCUUGUGUUUUGUAUAAGAUGACCAAGAAAACCUCUCUGCUGUGCGGAGAAAUGCGCACUCAGUCAAGUGGUCCGGCAGUCCCCGGUUCUCAUAACCAGGAUCAAGAACACGAUGACACACUCACAUCGGGCCAUUACGCUGCUCUGAAUGUCAUCCACAAGAAGCCAAAGACCCGGAGACAGAGGAGCACCAUGGAGAGAGACACUGUGUACUCUGGGCUGUAUCCUGAAAACAUCUCUGUGGUGUUCUGA